ACGCCUUCAACUACGACUACGCCUUCAACUACUACGACGCCUUCAACUACUACAACGCCUUCAACUACUACGACGCCUUCAACUACGACAACACCUUCAACUACGACUACGCCUUCAACUACUACUACGCCUUCAACUACUACGACGCCUUCAACUACGACAACACCUUCAACUACGACUACGCCUUCAACUACUACUACGCCUUCAACUACUACGACGCCUUCAACUACUACAACGCCUUCAACUACGACUACGCCUUCAACUACUACUACGCCUUCAACUACGACAACACCUUCAACUACUACUACACCUUCAACUACUACGACGCCUUCAACUACUACUACACCUUCAACUACUACGACGCCUUCAACUACUACGACGCCUUCAACUACUACGACGCCUUCAACUACUACAACGCCUUUAACUACUACGACGCCUUCAACUACUACUACACCUUCAACUACGACUACGCCUUCAACUACUACAACGCCUUCAACUACGACUACGCCUUCAACUACUACUACGCCUUCAACUACUACGACGCCUUCAACUACUACGACGCCUUCAACUACUACAACGCCUUCAACUACUACGACGCCUUCAACUACUACAACGCCUUCAACUACGACUACGCCUUCAACUACUACAACGCCUUCAACUACGACUACGCCUUCAACUACUACUACGCCUUCAACUACGACAACACCUUCAACUACUACUACACCUUCAACUACAACGCCUUCAACUACUACGACGCCUUCAACUACGACAACACCUUCAACUACGACUACGCCUUCAACUACUACUACGCCUUCAACUACGACAACACCUUCAACUACUACGACGCCUUCAACUACUACGACGCCUUCAACUACGACAACACCUUCAACUACGACUACGCCUUCAACUACUACUACGCCUUCAACUACGACAACACCUUCAACUACGACUACGCCUUCAACUACUACGAUAGCUUCAGUGCCUACAACUACACCUUCAACUACGAAAACAACUUCUCAUGAUCAUCAUGUGCACCAUCACAAUCAUUAUCAUAUUCCGCUGCUUCUUCCGAAACCACCCGCAAUUCCACCUCCUCCGAAAAUUUCCUUUCCAGCUUUACCGCCCCCUCCAGGCCUUAUAGUUCCUCCAAAGGGUCCUGCCUAUCCAGCAAUACCAGCUUCGCCUAGUUUAUCGCUACCAUCACUUCCUGGUCUACCAAAACCUCCAUCGUUUCCUUUUCCUCCUCCUCUACCAACGCCUCCUGGAUUAUCGAUUCCAGCUCUGCCGAUAAUUCCAUCACCGCCAGCCCCACCAAAAUUACCAAGUUUAUCCCUUCCGAUAAUACCAUUUCCACAAAUUUCUAUUGACGUACCGGUGACACAAAAGCCUAAAAAUUUACAAGACCCAGUCCCGCCAAAUCAAUCCGAAUUAACAGCUAUUAACCCCACUCCUCCUGUACUUCAAUUCCCAGGUUUUCCUCCACCACCGGCACCAUUUCCCAAUCCAUUUGGCUUACAAUAGAGGUCAUCUAAUAUUCUAAUUUCAAGAAAGAACAAGCUGUAAACGUUUAAAAAUAUCAAAGCAGUUUCUCAUUUACUUAAUUAAAAGUUAACUAUAUUUUCAUAAUCUGAA